CAAAGUCAAAAGUUGUAGUGGUGGGCAAAGGGCUUCUGUGGUAAUGGUUCGAUAAAAUAUUGAGAAAAAAUGUUAAUUUUCAAGUGUUUUUCAUAAACUUUUAAAUGGACAAUAACGUGGAAGAAGGCACGAAAAUGAAGGCAAAGUCGUCGAAAAGAAUGGUUGGAAUGAUUAUUAGGUCUAGAAAAUCAAUCGCCAAAGAUGCUGUUGUUACAACAUCCGGUAUCGGUCAGCCGAGCCUCUACCAUGCCCUGGUGGUUAUUUUCCUGGAGUUUUUCGCGUGGGGUCUCCUGACCAUGCCCCUCAUAACAGUAUUAAACGACACAUUUCCCGAGCACGCGUUCCUCAUGAACGGUCUCAUAAUGGGCAUCAAAGGCAUACUGUCCUUUCUGAGCGCCCCUUUGGUGGGCGCCCUAUCGGACGUGUGGGGUCGCAAGCUGUUCCUGCUCAUAACGGUGUUCUUCACGUGCAUCCCCAUACCGUUGAUGACUAUCAAUACGUUUUGGUUCUUCGCCAUGAUCAGUAUUUCCGGCGUGUUCGCUGUGACUUUUAGUGUAGUUUUCGCCUACGUCGCGGACGUUACCGACGAGAGGGAACGCUCGAUGGCGUACGGUUUAGUGAGCGGCACGUUCGCUGCUAGUAUGGUGAUCAGUCCCGCUCUCGGCGCUUAUUUAAUGGAAAGAUGGUCAGUCUCGUUGGUGGUCGCUUUGGCGACGGCCGUCGCCAGUUUGGACGUGUUCUUUAUAUUGGUGGCGGUGCCGGAGAGUCUACCGGAGAAAGUGAGAGCGUCUCCCAUCAGUUGGGAGCAGGCCGAUCCGUUUUCGGCGCUGAGAAACGUCGGUCAGGAUCCCACCAUUUUGCUGCUGUGCAUCGCGGUGUUCUUGUCGUAUUUGCCGGAAGCGGGACAGUACAGUUGCAUAUUCAUGUAUCUGAAAUUGGUGAUGGGCUGGAGCGAUCCCAUGGUGGCCGUGUUCGUAGGUUUAGUCGGUUUGAUGGCUGUCAUAGCACAACUUAAUUUAGGUCUUUUAAUAAAAAAUCUCGGCUCAAAGCACACCAUAAUGUUGGGAUUGGUGUUCGAAAUGCUUCAAUUAUUAUGGUACGGUUUCGGUACCACCACGUGGAUGAUGUGGGGCGCCGGUGUUUUGGCUUCUAUGAGUUCAAUAACGUAUCCUGCCAUAUCAGCGUUCGUCUCCGUACACAGUACACCCGAUCGACAGGGGGUUGUUCAAGGUAUGGUAACCGGUAUGAGAGGUCUGUGUAACGGUCUAGGACCGGCGAUGUUCGGCGUUGUAUUUUACAUGUUUCACGUCGAUCUGAACGCUAAUAAUGUAAAUCAAGAGGCUACGCAUGCCACAUCGACCUUCGAAACAUACUCACAGCUUGUGCCUGGUCCACCGUUCGUAUUUGGUGCUUUCCUAGUCAUUUGCGCUUUAUUCGUGGCUUCUUUUAUUCCUACAAAGGCACACGUUGAUUCAGGUAUUCCUCUCGAUACUCACUAUGAAAUGGAACGUGGACAAAAAGUGGCAGGGACGCUCAGUCCUCUGAUACCGAACAGAAGCAUAGACGCAGCAAUUUUAUAAAUGUUAAGAUGUGUAUCUUUUUAGUGCAAAAAUUAAAAUGAAAUAAUAGUAAUAAAAUGACAUUUUAAAGAAGGAAACGACGCUCGCCUAAAAUUGCAGAGAUCCUAGAUCGAUAUAUUUAUUAUAUUUUGAUUAUUUGUAAAUAGAAACGUACGCGGGUGAUAAUUAAAUUAUCUCGAAAGAUGUUUAGACGAGCGCCAUUUGUCUCGUCUUAUUACUUGUUAAAUACGUGGUUGUUGAAGAUGGAUGUAUUUUUAUCUUAUUUGAUGUACCGGGUGUUUUGUUUAGGACCUCUAAAUACGCUUAAUUUAUUCUUGUCGUUUAAGUGUUUAUUUCCGAAAAUUUAGUAAAUCUUUGUUUCUCGUAAAAUACGAAUUUAUUACGUAACAUAAUUAUUAAUAGAAUUAACUAUUUGAGGUAAAUUGUUCAUUAGUUUUAGUGUACUACAAAUUGAUCUCUGAGCGUGUUCUUUUUUAUUGUUCAUUGAUCAAACAGCACAAGAAUUGACAUAUUUCUAUCGACAUAUCUUGAGCAAAGACCAUUUCUAAAAUUUUCGAAUGUAUUUUUUGAUAAAAUCGCAGUUUUUAGUAAUUGAGCAAAUUUUAUAUUGUCCAAACACUUGCUAAAUUUUGUGUUGAAUAAAUAUAUCUAAAUAAGACUUGUGUUGUAUUUGUUUGGGACCUCUAGAUAGAUAUUUCAAUUCGAUAAUGGUCCCUAGUACUUUUUAGGCAAUUAGAGCUGCCUUGAAUUAGAUAAGCUGUUUUUAAAUUUUAAUCUAUUAUAAUUCUUCCGAAUACUACAAAGGUAUAAGAAGACGCAAAAUGUUUUGCAAAAUACUUUUUUUAAGAUAAAACAAAAAAUUACGAAUUUUCGGAAAUUUAUUCGAUAAAUAGUCAAUUUCAAAGAUGAUUGGGUUCAUUCUGCACAUUUAGUAUGCACAUCUUCGUUUAUGUCGUGCAUAUACAGAGUGUCCCAAUGAAAAGGAGCCCGUUUAAUUGGCUUACAACUUUUAAACGAUUAAACAUAAAAACAUACGUUUUUCGCAGAUGUGUUUUAUUUUGUUAUAAGUCUUAUUAUAGUCAGACAGACAUUUUGUAUCACUUGUACAGGGUGUAUUAUCAAAAUUCCCUCUUUUCAAUUUAUUGACAUUAAUGACAUUUUAUGAAAAGGGACCUCCAUUUUCUCCUUGAAAUGUCAAAAGUUUUGACAGCUUGAACUGUCGUCUCACAACCGCGAUUUAUAUGUAGCGCGACGCUGAUUGGCUGAGAUAAGUCAAAGCUCAAAAGUCUUCAAAUAACGGGACUCAUUCUCUAAUGCAUAGGCAUAGGCUGUUUCCAGACCUUAGAAAUAUAGGGCUUAUAUCACGGAUAUACAGGGGUCGGCAUAAGUCAGUUAAUCUGCAUAAAACCUGCAGAAGCGUAAAAUAAGCGGUGUCAUUCGUAGCGGUCGUAAUUCAGGAAGGUGGUCUGCACUUUGAUCACAAAAUGAAAUUUUUAAAUUACUUUUGUAUACAAAUAAUUAAAGCAAUAAACUAUUUUUGAGUACAGUCCUUUUUAUUUUUGUUUGGUAUGCAAAUUGGUUAACUGACUUAUGCCGACCCCUGUAUAUGCAAUACGGCCAUGGCUUCUACAAAUAAUACAUUUUUGAA